UUCAUUUAUUAUCUUCACUUAUCAGAUGUCGAUUUCCAUCCAUUAUUCGACAUUUUGCGGUUUUUGGUUGUAAGCUUAAAUAUCAUUCAAGUUUCUCAAAUAAUUAGCUUUGAUAAACAGAUAAAAUAUAAAGAUGUCCACCACGAGAACGACUGUGACAGGACCCAGGGUCGAUAGAGAUUACAUUAGGACUCAAUCCGGAAUUCUGAAGAUCGCUCAAAUAUGCAUAGCCUUGAUAGGCUUCAUAUGUUCCACUUCCUCAAAAUGGGCUUACGCCCCCGGGACAACUUGGUACGAUUUCGUAUCAUUUUCUGGCUUCAUAAUAUCGCUCAUCUUGCUUAUUUUUUACGUUUUACAAAUAGUGGCCAUGGGAAGGCCCCUUUCUAACCUGCCUUGGUUCUUGAUCGAAUUCAUAUUCUGCGCGACUUGGGCCUUCUUCUUUUUAAUCGCGUCUUUGGUAUUAGCAAUCCGUUCUAGUAAAUAUCCAUGUUGUUCAGGAGCCUUAGCUGCGGCCGCGUUUUUCGGAUUUGUAGCCAUGAUAUUAUACGGAUACGAUGCCUUCUUGAAAAUGAGAAUGUGGAAAGCCGGAGAAAUUCCAACCGCUAUUAGCAACAGAGCGGGACCUACUACUACAUCUUCUGUCACUCUGCCAGCUUAAAAUUAAAAUUAUUAUUUUUUGAUUUAAAUUCAAAGAAAACUAUAUAUAUUUUUAUAAAAAAAUGAAGUGUUUAAGAAAGUUUCUUUUCGUAUUCCUAAUUCUUAAAUAAAGAGAAAAAAAAUUGUAUAAUAUUUCCAAUUAUUACUACACAUAUAUUUCUUAAUACAAAUUAUUUACAAAAUAAAAACAAAAUAUUUGUAAAAUAAAAGUAAAUCAAAACAAUGUUUAAUCAAAAGCAAUAAUAGAAUAUUUUUUCUUCUUAUUCUAUUACUGAUGUUGAUAAUUGACGAGUAUUACAUUUUUUUUUAUAAUUUCAUUAAUGGCAAAUAUUAAAUUAUUAAACCAUAAAAAUCAAAAAAAAAAUUAACGUAUUCAAAAUAGUUCAAGCCU